AUGUGAAAAAAAGUAUAUAGUUUCUGAAACUGCAUAUGUCAUCCAUAAUGAUUUCUCUCUCAUAAAUUACGGAGGGGCUUCAGGACACGUCACCGUUUGAGCUGCAGCUUAUGCUUCAUGCUACUGUUGAAGCAAGCCAUCAUUCCAGUUUUCAUUCUAUGGCAUUAUUGGGAGCAUUAACCAACAACAAUGAGCAAUUCCUCUGCCGGAACCUCAUCAAAACCAAAAGCAGCUUCCUCACAACCAUCAGAAACUUCAUCCAAGCGCAAAAGAGGAGUUUUCCAAAAAGAAUUGCAGCACAUGAUGUAUGGUUUCGGAGAUGAUCCUAAUCCACUUCCUGAGAGUGUGGCACUUAUGGAUGAUAUCGUUGUGGAAUAUGUUACAGAACUGGUUCAUAAAGCACAAGAUAUUGGAUCGCAGAGAGGGAAGCUAUCAGUUGAGGAUUUCCUCUAUUUGAUUCGCAAGGAUAUGCCAAAACUUAAACGUUGUACAGAACUGUUGUCUAUGAAUGAAGAGCUGAAACAAGCAAGAAAACUUUUUGAAGCAGAUGAAGAGAAACUGAGGAAGGUUUUUGAGGUGGAUGAAUCAGCAGAAGGGUGAAUGAAUGGUUAAGAUUAUUGAACUUCACAAAUGCUGUAUUCUAGAUUGUGAUUGACAUGUUCUGACUUCGAUGGUAAUCAUGUCUUUCACUUUUCAGGUCAACUUUAUGUUAGUAACUGUCAUUAAUGUAACUGUUGUGUUGUUGUGUUCUUUUGUAAUUGUCAUGUAACUUCUAAAUAAAUAAGAGAAUAAGAGAAUAAGAGGGGCAUGGAUGGAGAAGAUGGGUUGUUUGGUUAAUGGUGGGUUGGGAGAGAUUAGGCUCUCAAAUUCCUAGCGGUUAUCGGCGGUUACCAUUCAUUUUCUCCAUAGCUCAUUGUAUUUCCUUAAUUUCUUGUGACUUCUCUGUUGAAAAUUUAUUCCUCAAAAUUGUUAAUUAAACUAGGCACAUUUGAUUAUUCCAUCUAUGUUGGAUACUUAAA